AUGUACUCAUCCUUUUCGUGGCCGUGGACAUUUGUCUUGCAUAUCCUAAUCUUGCUUUCAUGUUUCGCCUUGACGGACAGCCGACUUCUCUCACACCAUGACCAGCUAUUACAGAGAUUAGAUACAGGCAAUGACUAUCAACUACUUCAACGGAAUUCUAAACAACCAUCUAACUCAAGCUAUCUUCAAGCAAAUACAACACAAUUCUUUGUAAACAGCACCUCUCUUCCAGAUGUCGAUUUCGAUAUCGGGGAAUCCUACGCUGGACUCUUGUCCAUCAGCGAGGACCUCUCUAUUCUCGAAAGGCUGUUUUUCUGGUUCUUUCCCUCUUCAUCCGCUACUUCCCGGGAUGAAAUUGUAAUCUGGCUUAAUGGCGGUCCAGGCUGCUCCUCCUUGGAAGGUCUACUGCAGGAAAAUGGCCCGUUCCUUUGGCAGUAUGGCACCUAUAAACCAGUUCCCAAUCCCUGGAGCUGGAGUCGCCUAACCAAUAUUGUUUACAUUGAGCAGCCCAUUGGCACUGGAUUCUCUACAGGAACGCCAUCCAUCCAUGAUGAAAACGAACUGAGCCACCAGUUCAUGGGCUUCUGGAAGAACUUUGUUGACCUUUUCGGGCUGCAUGGCUUCAAGGUAUACAUUACGGGCGAAUCGUAUGCCGGCAUGUAUUGUCCAUACAUUGGGUCGGCAUUUUUGGACGCUCAGGAUGCCACAUAUUUCAAUGUGUCCGGCAUGCUCAUUUAUGACCCGCUCAUCGGAAACGCCAUCAGUGAUCGCAAUAUAGCGGCUGUUCCAUUUGUUGACCAGCACAAGAGUCUGUUUCCUCUAAACGAUUCCUUUGCAGGCAAUAUGCACAGACUUCAUGAGUCUUGCGGCUUUCAGCACCGCCUAACAACAUACCUGACUUUCCCACCACCAGGCCCACAGCCAGAUUUAGGGACUAUGAAUCUGACUGAUGAGUGCCAAGGAUUGUGGACAUCUAUCUACACAGAGAUGUUUCCUAUAAACCCGUGCUUUGAUGAGUAUCAGGUGGCCACAACUUGCCCUCUGCUUUGGGACGUGCUCGGAGCGCCUGGCUCAUUGUCAUAUCUCCCCAAAGGCGCAGAAGUUUAUUUCGACAGGGCAGAUGUCAAGAAAGCAAUACAUGUACACGAAAACCAAUCUUGGUCCGAGUGUAGUGGUGGGAUCUUUCAAGACAACAUUGACGCUUCUGACCCCAGCAGCUGGGCGGCCAUUCCUCGUGUCAUUGACGCGACCCAAAACGUCAUCAUUGGCCACGGACAACUCGACUUUGUGCUGAUCAGUAACCAGACACUGCUUGCUAUCCAAAACAUGACCUGGGGCGGCUUGCAGGGGUUCCAGUCUGCACCCAGCGAGCCCUUCCUCGUCCCUCAGCACGCUCUCUCCACGUACGCGGCCAUCACCGCCACCAAUGACCAGUCACAGCUGGCUACUCUGACUGGCGCUGGGGUCAUGGGCACAACACAUACGGAGCGAGGGCUUACGUUCGUGACUAUCAACAUGGCAGGGCACAUGGUACCGCAAUAUGCGCCAAGCGCGGCCUAUCGUCAUCUAGAGGUUCUCCUGGGGCGCGUGGAUAGUCUUGAAUCCAAUGAACCAUUUACGGAGUAA